AAGUAAACAUCAAAGCGUCCAAAUCAAAGUAAAUCCAUCGAUAAGCAAGAUAAAAAUUCUGAUACAGUGAAUUUAUUAAAAAAAUUAAAGAGAGUGAUUCAACAAACUAAUAAAAAUGCAGACGGAAUUGGAUUACUUGAGGCAGAAAGUGCCAUUUCUUGAGAAUAUCAUUGCAUCUUUGGAGACGGAAAAGGCUGAAUGGUACCAUCAAAAAAUGCAGUUUGAGACCAAAAUUGCAGAAUUAAACAAAAUAAUUGACAAUUUGGUGAUCAAGAAUAAAGCUUUGAAGAAUAAUGUUGCAGAAAAGCAGUCCCAGCUAAAUGAUAUUGACAUAAACAGCAUGCUUGAUGUAGAUUUUGACAGGGACUUUGAUGGUGAUCCUCCUGCAAUAAAUUCAUUUGAUCAAGGUGGUUCUGACUCUUCAUCACAGGGUGUUACAAAACAAAAGAAGAGAAGGAAAAAGCCAGAACCUCAAGCUUGGGAACAAAAUGUCAACAAAAAGAUGAGAGAGGAAGGUAAAGCCUACAAAGGAAAAGUUAAGGUAGAUGGAAAAUGGCAAUACCAAGCUGAACGGAGAGCAAGACAACUUCAACCUCCGUGCCAAUGUAAGAUGAGCGAAAAUUCCAAAGGAAAAUUGUGGUGCAACAAAUUCACUGAAGAGCAUAGAAAAUACAUUUUCGACAUGUUUUGGUCAAAAUCAUGGGAAGAAAAGCGCAAAGCUGUUCAGACUUAUGUACGUGUUGAUGAACCAUCGGAUUGCAGAAACCGAAAAAAUGAGAUUUCUAGACGAAAGAAUACAUUCUUCUAUAGUUUGCCUGAUGAGACUGGAACUCUAAGGCCAGUUUGCAAGAAUCAAUUUUGGAAUACGUUGGAUAUUAGAGGACAUAUGGUGGCAAAAAUGAUUGAAAAGCAGGAUGAAGAAGUAGAACCAGAGCAAGAGGAUACGCCAAAAGAUAAUAUGUCAGAAAAGCGCAAAAUCAUUAUUAAGUUUCUCUCUUUGCUUCCGAAAAUGGAAUGUCAUUAUCCUGAAAUGGAUCCUUUAAAAACAUACUUAGAUCCAACGUACAGCACUAAAGUGGAGCUUUACAAGAUCUAUAAACAACAAUAUAAUCCACCGCUCAGAGCGUCGCAUACAUUGUUUUUCAGUGUAAUGAAGGAAAUGGGAAUUUCGAUUUUCCAUUCGAAUGAUGAUCAAAACAGUUCUGAGCAGAAAAAAGCCAAGAAAAAUGCGAAAACAUUGAUUAAGAACAAUAUAAAGCAAGAGGAAAAUUUGUGUUACUAUAAUUUAGGAUAAAUAAAAUGAGUACGUUGAAGACAGACCUAUAUUUUGUGUUAUUUUCUUCUAAUGCAAUAAAUCUAUAUGCCCAAAUGUGAUGAAUCUAACUCCAGAAUUAAAAAAAAAUAGAGUUAGACUCAUCACACUUUGGCACGCCGUAACUCCAACCAAAAACAUAACCUAAAACAAUCUUUCAUUACACGACACUGUAAAUAUUAUCAAAACAGUGCUAGAGACGAUACCUGGAUGGACAGAAAUACGGUAUGGCUUCAAAGUAAAUUAUUAGCUCUUAUGUAAAAACUACUUCCUGAAGAGAAUCAUAACUUUUUUAGAGAAAGACAGCUGAAAUAUAGUCCCCAAAUCAACGGAAAAUGGAUUACACAUCAGAUAUUGAUGUAAACAAUAUGCCUGAAGGAAACUUCGAUGAUAGUAGCUCUGGAGAAAAUUCAUCCGAGAAACAAACAACGAACUUUAAAGGAAAACCAAGAAAGGGCAAAAGAAAAUCACAUCCUGAAAAUCAUGAAGCGAAUUCCAAUAAACGGAUAAAGGAAGAAAUAAAAUCAUUCAAAGGAAAAGCCAAGAAAGAUGGAAAGUGGCAAUUGAAAGCCGAACAGAAGACAAGACAACUUAAGCCUCCCUGCAAAUGUGAGCAAAGCGGAAAUGGAACGUGUAGCAAACUUUCUGAAAAGCACCGGGAAUUCAUCUUCAACACCUUUUGGUCAAAAUCUUGGGAAGAAAGACGAAAAUUAAUUCAGACGUACGUGAGGACUGACGAAGCAUUGGAUACUAGUAAUCGAAAGAGACUAAAGAAUUCAAUGAUUUAUCAACUCCCGGAUAAAACAGGAGAUCUGAAGCUAGUUUGCAAAAAUCAAUUUUGGAAUACUUUGGAUAUUGGGGCAAAUAUGGUUGCAAACAUGCUUCUAAAAGAUGACGAGAAAAAGAAGAGCAGUAAAAAAUUAAGGUAAAAAUUUAUAAACAGCAAAAAUCUAUUUCAAAAGCAUAGACCUCAGCAUAAGGAUCUCAAAAAGGAUAAAUUCAAUUCAAUGAAUAAAAGAAAAUUAAAAUAUUCAAAAAAAAAUCAAUUUUCUCUUGUUAAUUACAUAUUAAUUUUCAUUGGCAUUUAUUAAAUAAAAAAUACCUACAAAAACGACAAAAA